AUGCAACGCUAUUUGUUGCUACUGCUGGCCAUCGAAAAUGCGUCAUCCUACAAACCUGUGUCGGUGAUCCAUCCAGUUCAUAUCAUAGUCCCGUUACCGCUCCAAGACGAUACGGAAGAACUUAAGAAUCCGUUUGGUUUGACCAUUCUUAAGGUUAGACCAGUGAUUGAUCUCGCGCUAAACGAUGCCUAUAGAAAAUUUCAAUAUGUGCCACCGGAUUCCAUGGCGGUUACCUAUCGUGACAGUCGGUUAUCGGAUGCACAUGGACCGAAUGUUGCCAUACAACAAUUAGUUAAGAAUCGUUUGGAUUGUAUAAUUGGAUACGCGUUCGUAUAUGCUUUAGCUCCAGUGGCACGUAUGUGCCCCUAUUGGCAGGACGACGAUAGUAAUGGCAUUCCUGUGAUUACCCCAAUCGGGUUGACAAUGAACCUCGACAAUAAAAUGGAGUACCAAACAUUGACUAGGAUUAGUGGACCGUAUAAGGUAUGUACAGUCGCUUCUUUGUGUCCCUAUUGCAUUCACAAAAGAGAAAGAAGGAAGAUCACUGAAACUCCAACGACAAAAAGCAAAAUGUUAACCAUCACAGUUGUUGCUGUUGAUUCGAUCAACUUUGAUCUACUUGAGGUUGCUCCCGCCCUGAUUGCUCGAUGCAGUGCAGCAAUCUCAUUUCUUGCCAUACGAGAAGACUUCCGCGAUCUCAUCGUCGUCGUCGUCGCCGCCGUCGUCGUCGUCGUCGGAGCCUGCUCGGCUCGUCGUCGUCGUCUCUGCCAUUAG